AUGGGCUAUCAGCCAAAAGGGUAUCCGAGACUGGCGAAUUUGAUGGCAAGGGAGAAGGACGUUGCCAUCUUUCGCCGUUUCGACAGCUUGAAUAUUCUUAGCCUUCUUGCGCUUCAAGCAGAAAUUGUCCAACUGGAAGUUGAACUGCGCAUUACAACCCGAGCAGACGAUGACAUAGUCCACAGCGCUUCCACGGCCCAGGGAGAUCAAGCCGUCAGCCCGUCUCAUUAUGCCGGAAACUUCAGGCUGUCUCGAGACAGCAAUAGCCAUCAGUUUCAGUUACUAGAGAAAAUACGGGGAAAGCUUAGGGAAUACAUAUCGCAACUGAAUCACAUUGGCUCUCCAGUGGGCUCGCAACUCGAAAUGCUCAAAGACUGGCUCAGAGACCAAAAUCUCGGUCACCCUUUCCUAGAAGACCACGAAAUAGAAACUUGGAGCGAUGCCGACAAGCGACAGUACAUGUGCCUGCAGCCGACAGCAACGGAAGAUGAUUCAUUCAGUCGAUUCGUUUCAAACGUUCUUCUGCGAGCCUAUCAUCACUUCGUGGGAGAUCGUCUCAACACCGGAGAGACCGUUGACGAAAUUUCCCGUCAUGCUUCGUACAGCAGAAGCGUUGUUAGCAGAAUUAGCAACUUUGGUACCACGAUUCUCGCCUGCAUUAUACCAGUGCUCACAAUUUUCGUCCUAAACAUUCUGCCAUCUACCAAUACUCGAAUUCUUGUCACUCUAGGAUUUACAGUUUUGUUCGCCACCGUGUUGGCUGUCUUCAGCAACGCUAAGAGGGUUGAGAUUUUUGCUGCGACUGCGACGUGAGUGGCGCUUCAAUCCCAGAAUUUCUGUAUGAGCAGCCAAUCUGAGAGCUAACUGGAUAAUUAGGUUCGCUGCUGUGGAGGUGGUCUUUAUUGGG